AUGAAAGGGACGGUGGUGGCCGGGGAGCGGGGGGUGGGACCCCUGCGGUGCUGGCCCGGGGGUCAGGCGGUGUCAAGGUCGAUAGGCGACAUCAAGGCCGGCGAGAGCAUCCUGCCUUGCCCUCACGUCUUUCAGGCCAUCGUGCCCCUCACCGGCGCCCGCCUCACAAUGGCCUCCGACGGCGUGUGGGACUCGCUCCACUGGGAGGACGCCGCGCGCCUGGCCCGGUCCUCCGCCAUCGGCCACGCCGCCGCCGCGGUCGUCAACGAGGCCGCCCGCCGAUGCAACGGCCCCCUGCCCGAGGACGCCAGCGCCCUGGUGCUGGACCUCAUCCCGGGCAGGCGCGGGGACUUCUCGAAGGUGGUGAAGGAGAGGGCGGGCGGGGCGGAUGGCAGGCGGUGGGGCAGGGGCCUGUCCCUCUACUCUUGCGUCUGCGGGGCCCAGAGGCCGACCGCCGACGCCUGUGCGUUCGACAAACUGAGGGUCGUGGCGACCGCGGACGGGCUGGAGGCGGCGGAUUCGGAAACGGACGCGUGCAAGCGCAGACGGGAAUGCGGAAGGGAGCUGGCGCGCGGCCGAUCGUCCGAGUGGCGGCCGGUUGGAGAUUCCGCUCUGUCGUUCGACACCGGAAAGAUUGUGGGAACGGGUUCCGCGGAACUGGGGCUGAGCCUGGACGACCGGGUGGUGGUGGCCUCGGGCGGUUCCCCACACUGGCCGGGCGCCCGGCGGGCCCACGACUCCGCGGGCUCCUCGCCCACCUCCUCCGACGAGUCGAUCAGGGCCGACCCGCGGCGGGGCGCGCGGGCCAAGAGGCCCACCCGCUCCUCCAGCCACAGCCUGCAGUCCAUCGCCCUCAAGGCCUCCAACGGCGACCGCCCCUUCUCCUUCCUGUACAAAUCGCCCGUGGCGGGCGGCCAGGCCGGGAGCCAGGCCGGCGGGGGCAAGAAAGCGACGGCGCUGUUUCAGCUGGCCACAAUACUUAAGAGGCUGUCGUGCGAGUUCUCGCCGGAGCGGAGGGCGUGCGAGGCGCCGGCCCAGGGGGCGCAGCUGCGCAGCGGCAGCCAGCGGUGCAAGACCGGGGCGUGGUGA